UUUCAAUAUUUCUUUCUUUAAAAAAAUACAUUUCGAACGAUACGAACUGCAACUGAUGUUCAUGAUUAGGGCAAUUAAUGUCAUAGCUCAGAGUGAGAGAGUACUAUCAUCAUCGGUUAUUUUUAUGACGUUAUAGCAGUACUUAUUAUUUUUUCUGAUAACCAAUUAAUUUCUAAUUACCACACAGUCAGAAUCGAUUAUCGAUUCACGCACACACUGCCACUCACUAGCACAAAGCUGAAGGCACUGAGCUGACAUUCAUUGUGCUGUCAUAGUGACAUUUUAGAAGAUGUUUUUGUAAACAUUGCGACGAAAUUUUAAAUUUUAAUUAACAUGAAAAUUUAAAUCAUAUCAUGUAGAUUUGUUUUAUAUAUAAAAUGUGUGUAAUUUGUAUUGAAAAAAAUAUUUUGUCUAAAUUCUAAUCAUAUAAAUCUUUAACAUGAAGAGCAAAUUAUCGUAUCUUGAACUUUUAUUAUACUUUUUUGUUUGGAUUUCUGCAAACUGUUAUUGUUUGUACAAAUUAUUUAUUGCACAAAGUGACUUAUACAAUAAUAACUAUGAUUUCCUACAUUCUUUGGGAGAACUGAAGCCAGGAUGGAGGCUUUUAAACAGACUUCAAGAUAUUUCUGAUAUUGAAUGGAGCAGUUGGAAGUAUUUUAUAAGAAUAUCUUGGUCCUACUUAUUGAUACAAUUCAUUGUGUCUGAAAUCAUACGCAAAACACAAUUGCGGCUUUUGAAAUAUUGGUACAUUUUAUCAAGUAUGAUUUUUAUAGUGUCAUACAUGGGCUACAGACAGUUGAUAAUUAUUAUGGCUCAGCCCAUUCUUUAUGCUUCAGUAAUUCUUUUUGGUGGAAAGAAAAUGAGUCUGUGGAUCAUGAGUUUAUCACUCCUCAUCAGCUAUAAUUCUCUAAAAUACAAAUACUUUUUCUGGUAUUAUUUAGAUAGAGAAGACUUGAAUGAUGAGGAGGUUUAUUUAAUCUUAUUUACAAUAGCAUGGAUCAAGUUGAGGUGCAUUAGUUAUUCCAUUGACCACAUUGACAUGAAAGAGAAGAGUGCAAAAAGUAAAGAAAAGAUUCCAUCGACAGUUGAAACAUUGGUGAACAUGUUCAGUUAUGUGUUGUACACUCCAUUGCUUUACAUUGGACCGAUUAUUCCAUAUGAAGAUUUUGAGAAAAGCUUUCUAGCUCAGAGUGAGAAGUUGGCCAGUCGCCUUAGAAGAUUUAUCUGUGAUAUGUUUUUGUUUACUUCAUACACUUUCUUGCUGGACUGUGCAUUCCAUUACAUAUAUUUCCUUGCAAUGCAAAGUGAUGUAGAGACUAUCAGAAAGCUGCCUACUAUUGCCUUGUGUGGUGGAGGCCUGUGGAUGGGACUGGAGUUCCAUCUGAAGUAUGUGAUAUCUUAUGGCACCACCACAGCAUUUGCUAGAUUAGACAACAUGGAUCCACCACCAACACCUCGAUGCAUAGCUAGAGUCCAUGUGUAUUCUCAAAUGUGGAGAUACUUUGAUGUUGGCUUGUACAAAUUUUUAGUCAAGUACAUUUACAAACCAUUUCUAAGACUGAUUACCAAGAACUUCAAUAUACCCAAGAUAAUAAGCAAGCUAACAGCAUCUUUUGCUACAUUUGUCUUCAUAUUCAUGUGGCAUGGAACUGUAUGGAAUAUAUUUGUGUGGUCCAUAUUGAACUAUUUAGGAAUUACUUUAGAACACUUUGGCAAAGUAAUUUCAGAAAGUAAUAAUUAUAAGCUAUUCAAAGAAAAGGUGUUGAAGACAGAUGCAAUGGAGACUCGUUUCAUUGCUGCCCUUUGCACACCAUUGCUGGCUUUGUCAGCAAUAUCUAAUUUCUACCUUUUUGCUGGCAGUAAGGUUGGCAAUGUUUAUUUCGAAUGUUUUAUUAAUCCAUCUUUCUUCAACUCAAUGCUAGUGUGCCUUUCCUUAUAUGGUUGCUGCCAUGUAUCCAUAGCUUUACAAGAUGUAUCCUCAAGAAGGGAUUCCAAACCAUCAAAAAUAAAGAGCAAUUAGCACAA